GUUGUAAAAUCGGAGGACCUGUCGUCACUGGUGGAGGUUAUUACAAAGUCCAUCAGUCAAGCCUUAGUAGCCGCUGUCCAACAGAACGCUGCGAUGGCUCCUGCGACGUCCAACAGACCUGCCCCCCUGAAUUAUAACUGCAUCUACUGUGGGGAGCACGAACAUUCGAUCAGGAGAUGUCCCAAGGUCGAGGAGGAUAUUAGGGCCGGUCGGUGCAAGCGGAACGCGGAGGGACAAGUGGUCCUGCCAGGCGGAGCGAUGGUCUCGAGGUCCGUACCAGGAGCGACGAUGAGGGACCGCAUUUUAGAAUGGCAUCGCCAGAACCCCGGGCAGACAAGCGUCCAUUUAUUGGACACAAUGCUAUGGGAGGAGGUGCAAGCGUCGGCGGCACCACAGACCACAGAUAUGUUCCAUUUGGACCAGCGGGAGCGAAUUGAGGCCUUGGAGCGGGAAUUAUUUGCGUUGAGAGGGAAAGGGAAGCAGGUGUUUGACGGAGUCUACGUUCCUCCUCCGAAUAGGUCUUCCAACCCCUCCAAGGAGUCCGGAGUUGGUCCGACAGGUCCCGCACCCUCUAGAGCCAAGCGUCAACCGGUACGAGAACAGCCAGUGGCCGAAGCAGUGCGGCCGGCAAUAAAUCGAGAGUCCCCACCUCACAUGUCAGAGGGACCAAUCCAUCCAUUCGCCGGUGCAAAGGACGUCAACAGGCCUAGGCAGGCAAUUCCCCGGAGUGUCGAGAAAGGCUCGGCUCAAGCAGCAGACGCGUCACAAGCCAAGGAGCCAGCCUACCGCACCCAGGCCCCUGUUUAUAAUCCUCGCAUCUCGGAUCUGGUGUUCGAGCGAUCGCUCAAGACU